GUCAAGCGCCCACCCAACGCGUUCAUCCUCUUCCGCAGCGCGCAAAAGCAGCAGCUGGGCGCGCUUCAGCCAGAUCACCGCAUGAUCUCGAAGAUCUGUGGGAAGGUCUGGGGGACGCUCAGCGAGGAGGACAAGGCGGUCUGGAUGAGGCGCGCCGAGGAGGAGAAGCGCGAGCACGCUGCGCGGCAUCCAGACUACGUCUUCAGGCCC